CGGGUCCGUGGCCGGACCCGGAAGCGGCGCGGCUGAGUCACCUCGGCGGCGGGCGGCGGCGGCGAUGAGGCAGCAGCCGCGGCGGGUGGCGGUCCUGUCGUCCUUCGGCGCCUGAAAGAGCCUCCCCGCGCCCGUCGGCUCCGUCCUUCUUCUCGCCCGCCCGCCGCGCCCUAGCCCCACUGCCACCAUGAUGGAGGAGAUAGACCGGUUCCAGGUGCCCGCCGUGCGCGCCGAGAUGCAACCGCUGGAUCCAACUGCUGCAUCUAUUUCGGACAGAGAUUGUGAUACAAGAGAGGGAGAGACUGUAGCCAUGAACUAUAAGCCGUCCCCACUUCAAGUGAAAUUAGAGAAGCAGAGGGAGCUGGCUCGGAAGGGCUCCCUGAAGAACGGGAACAUGGGAAGCCCAGUGAAUCAGCAGCCCAAGAAGAACAACGUGAUGGCACGGACAAGGCUCGUCGUUCCCAAUAAGGGCUACUCGUCGUUAGACCAGAGCCCAGAUGAAAAGCCGCUGGUAGCCCUGGAUACAGACAGUGAUGAUGACUUUGACAUGUCCAGAUACUCCUCUUCGGGAUAUUCAUCGGCUGAGCAGAUCAACCAAGACUUGAACAUCCAGCUGCUAAAGGAUGGCUACCGGUUAGAUGAGAUCCCAGAUGAUGAGGACCUCGACCUAAUCCCCCCUAAAUCGGUCAACCCUACCUGCAUGUGUUGCCAAGCCACCUCCUCCACCGCCUGUCACAUCCAGUAGUGAGGCCGGCAGGCUGUGAUCAGUGCUUUCCACUAUAACUGUAAAACUUAACAGCCAUUGCUUCCUCCUAUGGUAGGACGUGCACCUCUUUGUGUUCAUGGAGCCAGGAGAAACCAAAAAAUUCAUUUUGUGAUUGGUUGAUAAGUUAUUUUAAACUAUGGCUAAACAGGAGAAAAGUUGCUCUAAGUGCCAGGCAGUGCCUGGCAGAACUGACUGGUCUGGAGAGCGAAUGCAGAGGAGUCCAGAGAUACCUCCUUGUUUUGCGAAGGCACUGGGGAUGUUUUGUAAGGUGUCAAUUCCAGAACAAGGAGGGUCAUCUAGGGCUGCAGGUCAUCCUGCCCACUGAAACCAAUCCGUCUGGGGGAUCAGGGGUCAAUCUGAGACGUCGGGGGGUUUUACCAGUGAGAGGAGGUCACUUCUUAAUUCAUUCACUAAACCUGUUCCAUUUACAUAACCAGCAGGAGUGGGGAUGGAGCAGAGCAUCCUUUCUUAUGGCAAGGCUAGCCAGGACAAGCACGGCACAAUUCAUUUACGUGGGGACAAAUUGGUGGCAUUUCACUGUGAGCCACUACUAGCUAGAGCAGUUGUGUCACAUAUCCAAUAGAAUCUGUGCUUCUCUCUCCAUUAAAUUAUCACUAGACAGGUCAGAUUUGAUGUGCAGUCCAUCCAUGCUCCUCAUGGAUUCGUUCCCUGCCCGUGUUCCUGAGUUCAGUCCACUCACAUACACUGACUUCUGCCUGUACUUCAUUCCUGUGAGACUCACCUGCUUCAGAAAUCCUAAACUUUGUUCAGCUAACAAAAGACAAGUGUUCCACAAGAAGGACUAGACCUGUACAGUCUGAAGGUCAGUGUUGGACAAGCUGGUUGAAGAAAGCACAUUUUUACAGUGCUCAGCUCCCAGUAAUUCUCUUUACACUCCUCUUGGUGCCUGUGGGAGAGAUUUAUUUACACUGAAGGCAUCUGUGUGAUAGUGUCAGAUUCAGGGGAAUUUUCAGCAACAGCAAGAUUAUGAACAACUUCAGCUGAAAAAACACCAUAAGAGGAAACUACCCACUCUCUCUGCCCACUUGUGAAUUUGGCUUGUUCUAUGUGUUAAAGUUGUCCCACAUCAGGAGUAACUGUGUUUAUGAAGUGCUGGAACAGUCAGCAUUACAAUAGGUUACUGACUGAACUGCCAGUUCACCAGCAAGUUGUUUUGCAUGCAGAAUCAUUUCUGGAAUUAGGAAAUGUGUCCUCUCCCUGGCCAGCCUUGCACUGCUGACUUCAAGCAUACAUGGGACUCAGGCAAGGGAUGGGCUGGCUUUUUCCUUUGUUAAAAUCUUUUUCCACAGGCACAACUGUGCGUUUUUCUGCCGUGUUAGGAGGAAGGACUGUCUGCUUUGGGUCAGCACUUGCUUUAUAGCCUGGGGAGGGGAAAAAGCAAGAGCAAGUCUAAGCUUCCCAUCAUAAUUUCUGAUUUGCAAGGUGGAGCCUGAGCUCCUCUCUUGCAGACUGAUCCCCAACCCAAAAUCUGCAUGAGUCCCCUGCAACCCGAAGACUGAGUCCUUAAGAAGUCCUCUUCAUGAUUAGGAGAUUUGUUUUAACAUGCUAGAAUUUCACCCUGUGCAGUGUGAAGCACCAUACCAUCCAUAGUGAGCAAAUGAGCAAGCACACAAGAUUUCUGGGCUUUAUUAUUCACUAGCUGACUGUUAAAGCUGUGUUUGCUCCCACUCCCUAAAACAGCGCUCUACCACCCUGGCUCCAGGCCACAGAGAAAGGAUUGAGUGGUGCUGUUCACUGAGCAUCCGUGCCUCCUCAUACAGAAGCUGUAGUUAACUUGCCAACUCCCCUUGAAAGGGUAUUCUUCAAGUGAAUUCCUCUCCCUUUCUCACUACCUGGUAGUGCUGAAGUGGAAUGUUUUCUAAAUGUUUCUGAAGAAGCACAAAGCUUCAUGUCUCCAACUCUUCAUUUCUUCCUUUGUGUGCUUGCAUUUUUUCCAGUGCUAGUUUAGCUUAAAGUUAGCAGGUUGUUCUGAGGGGAUGAGGGGAAGAGCUCAAACAAUGCUGUAUAUAGAGAAAAGAUAAAACAGGAAAAAAAAAAUCCCUAAUGAGUCUUUUUUUCAGUGAGGAAUGUAGUCAAAACCUAACACAAACACCAUGGUCAAACCAAAUCCUAUAGGACAUAAUCAAGUCUUGAUUUUCACUCAUUUAAAGAGGGACUUUGCAAUUAGGCAUUGGUGCCAUGCAGCAUCUUCAUUGCAUUUAUCCUCCUGGGUCAGUCUCUGUGCCUUCCAGCCAGGCUGCACACUCUCAGCUCUUGUUCAGGAGCUCAGGGUAUUUCAGUGUGCCUGCUAGAGCAAAAAGCUGUCUGUUUACAUGGGUCAGUCACAGAGGACUGCAGGUCCUGCAGGUCUCUGUCAUGCUGCCAUCAUGUUCAGUGUAAGACAGAAUGAAGCUUACUGACACUUUAUCUCCCAGGGUUAACACCUCCCUUCUGAAGGACAGGCAUUCCUUGAUAACCACUGUCCCAGGGCACCAAGUCCUUUUAUUGUCCAUAUUGCUGAUUUUUCCUGCCCUGUGCCUGCUGAGGCAUUCCUCCAUCCUGCAACCCUGCAACCACCCUCAGUCCCAUGUCUUGUGUGAUUUGCAUCUGCUUCUAGCAUAACCCUUUAGGAAGGGAAGGAGAUGAAUUUCGAUGUCACACACUGUGCUUCCUCCAAACACAGAUGGAAGCACAAGCCAAGUGUUUUUCCAUGCACCCAGAAGGAAUUGGUUGCACAAAUAGCUGGUUCGGUAUGACAGUACAGGACCAUAAAAUGGCAAUUUUUUGGCUUCUCCUCUCUAUGCUUUGUGUUCAUAUAUUUUAUUAGGGGAAGUAGAAAGGGUGGGGAAAAGUAGUUACCUGUGUAGGUUCAUCAUCUGAAAGGCUGAACGGAUUAAGGCAAUGCACAUGUGGCUAUCAUGGAGAAUUGAACACUAAUCCUUCUGAACUGCAGGUUGUGACCACAUGGCAAAUUUGUUGGCUCAUUAUGGAAUAACGUGGACAGCCUGUUAGUAUGUAUUAACUGCAGAUUGGGGCUGGCUCCCUCAGUCUGGGCCUGUGUUCAGACCUUUGAUUCAGCCAGAAGGUUUUCCUUGUGCCCUCAUUAAAAGAUACGCUGUGAUGACUUCCGGGGAGGGUAUUGAGAUACAUGGCCAUACUCUCAUAUAUGACCCUGCUCUCCUUAGACCAGUGUCUGCCACCAGGGCCUAGAGAAGGCAAGAGCAAAGAGCUUGGACCCUGACUCUGUUGCAGCAGUAUAGACUCAUAAAAUCAUUGAAGCAUUUAGUUUGGAAAAGACCUUUAACAUCAUCAAGUCCUACUGUUAAAGCCCUAAAAUCAGAAGAGCUGCUAGGCACUCUCCUAAAUGCAGGCUGCAUGCAAGAAAACUAACUGUUCUUUGUUCCCAUUUUUGCACCAAACCAGAUGAUCUUCUCAGGCCCCAUUUUUGAUCUGAGGUUGUACAGAAUACUAAGAGGAGGAGCACCAUGGAAUGUGAAAGGCUCCAUCACUGUCCAUCUAAAUUACCAUGCAAACAGGAUUUAAUGCUGGUGCAUCCACAAAAGAAUUUGCAUUGUAUGCCUCUUCAAGCCAGACUGGCCUUUGUUGGGAAUUACGUAAUUUCAGUCAUCAAAUCACCUGAGUUUAAGCAAGUCCUUUCCUUUUAUCAGAUGUUAAUUUUGCCCUUUCUUGGAAGCUGGCUUUCAACUCCAGAGUCUCUGCAUGCAUGUCUCUCUUGUUUGCAAACUCCCCAUUGCCAGGUGUUUGUGAGGAGGAACAGCCUCGUUGUGUUCAGAAGGGCCUUUAGAUAGCAUAGUCUAGUCUGCUUUCCUGGUGGUUGUGAAUGAACUUGGGCUGAAAGGAGGGUGAUGCCCAAGAAACCAUCCCAAAGCCUCACUUGAUGUCUUAUCAGACUUACCUUGAAGCCAGCACUUGGAAGAAACAUUGGAUUAUAUCUGCAUGCCUGCCCCCUACAUGUGUGGUUCACCACUGGGUCUGAUAUGCUGUUCUAGCUGUCUUGUCUGCAGAUGCCUUGCCACUGCAAAAGCAAAUGACCAAGCCUAGUGCCUGGACUUUGGAAGGAACUCCAAGACACUCACCCAAGGACAGGAAGGACUCAGCUGCUUCUGGCUUGUCUUCGUAGCUCCUUUCCCAAAAGGAGGCACCUACUGUGCUCAGCUGUGUGAUGGCUAACACAUUGUUCUGCAGUCCUGAGUAGAAUCCUUUCCUCUUCAUGCAGUCUGUCUGUCCUUGAGCUGCGUUGCAAGCUGUACAGUGGUAUGCAAGAGACUUGGAAAGUACAGUGUCCUGUGUGUGACUCAAUAGAAAUAUGAAGAUGCUUUUGAAGAAAGGAAGAACCCAUCUGGACACCAGAUGGAACUACAGGAAAAGGAAAAUAAGCACUAACUAGAAAGGUUGCCAAGUGCUGGCUUGGCCUGGGGCAAAUCCCAAUUGUCUGAAUUAAUCCAUCUCAAAUGUAGUGCUAAUACCAGCAGGAGGCAAAGCUCUCUUUCAGAUGCACACACCAGAAACAGCAUGUCCCCAAGUCUACACUGCAGCUAAGUACUAGUGUGGAGACCCUGCUGGACUGUUAAAGCACAGAAAUGAGGUCUGUGGUCCCUUAAUGCUGUUGGCACACAGUACACAUUUGCUCUAACCUCAGGCAAGUAACAUCUCUUAAUGUCCAUUUGUUUCUACAACUCCAGGGAGAAACCUGCUGUUCCUAGAUGCUGCAAUGCAAAAAGUACACCAUAGAUAUCAUAUGGAUAUUUUCAAAGUAUUACUCUGCUUUCCCUUCGUUUAUCUCCUUCGGAUGUUGCUUGCGUGUGCCAGAAGGCUGUGAGGUAGAGAUUAGUAGAGAGAUAAGUAGCUUUUGGAGAGGAUGUUUGGCCAGGAUGUAUUUCCCAGUUAUUUGGCAGCCAGCUCUCACAGAACUAGCUUCUUGAUCGGCACACUGCUACAGGGAACAUGCAAGAACACCACCAUCCUCUGCUAGUAGAAUUAAGGAACUUAGGAGUGCAUCUGGGGUAGCAAGUGCUGAUGGGAGGGAAGAGCACACUGAAGAGCUUGUUUGUGAUGUUCCCACAGCAGUUUCAUUCUCCUACAUCCACAAGAAAAACAAUCAUCUCAGUGUGUAACCUGGAAGUUUUGCCUGGGACCUUUCUUUUAUUUUUCUGUUCUUCCUUCAGUCUCAGAUGAGGUGUGGUGACUCGUGCUAGAAUGAAGUAGGUUUUGUCACCACCUGUCUGUUGCUUGGCUCAGCUGCAUGUUCAACAGAAACAGCUGCAUAGGUGGGCAGUGCUGAAGGGAAAGAGGACAGGUUAAGCUUAAGGGGAAGGCUUUUAAGGUGCUUUUCACCUCUAGAAGAAUAUUGCAUCCUUGCCACUUCCUUCAGGGUUCUUCCUGCAAGAGAGAUUGCUUCAAAGUUUGAACUGCAUCUCAUCAGAAAAACACAGUUCUGUUAGCAAUCCACACAAGCCCUGAAGCAGAAGGGACAGCAAUUUAGCAUGGAGGAAAAGGACUUGAGCUGGAAUUACCUACGUAAGAUUAAUGCAGGUUUCUCACAGGGGCUAGCAUCCAUAUUUUAAAUCCCUGUGUAUUUUAUGCAGCUGAGCUGCCACAUUGCUCCAGAAAAAAUUACAGCUACAUCCCCUCCUUUCACCCUACUUGACAUCGGUAACAGUCCCAGGACAGCAGCAACUGAAAUCUGCCUUAACUGAGCACUGCUUUGACAUUUUGCUGGGAAAGCAGAAGUUGGGGACAAACUGAGAUCACAUGGAGAAGAGCACCAUGGCCCACACAGCCAUGCAGCAGAGCAGCGCCGACACUGUCGGGGCAGGUGGCAGCUUUCCCUGGUGCUAACAGAGAGCAGCUCUUCAUGUUGCUUCCCAGACCCAUUUGCCACUGGUGGUGGCUCAGAGCAUUUGCUUCUGGAAGUGAUUGUGCCUGGGCUGUGGAGCCAUUUCCAGAGAAACAGAUGGUGACAGAAGUGGUGGGAUUGGAUCAGGAAGUGAAAGGUACAAAAGAAGCUUCAUCAAAAUUUUACUAUCUCAAAGAAGUCUCAGAGACCAGCACAGUAGGCAGCAGGAAGAGAAAGUCCUCUUGAAAGACCAUGCUGAGAUAAGUCCUGUUACCUACCAAGAUGUUUACUCUUUCAGAAUAGCAUUUCUAACCCAAUUGCCCUCACCCAGCUGCUGCAGUUGAGCUCACUGGGAAGAACUGCUCUCCAGCCAGGCUUCCUUCUUGCUUUUGCAGCCCCCAAAAAGCUGCACCUCCCAAGCCUGCAUGGUUUGGGAGUUGGAAAGUUUGUUGGGCAAGGUAAUACAGGUGCAUGGAGAGUGCUGGAAAAUUUGGACAAGCUCUCUUUUUGCUGCACUGGGGGAGGGCUCUGUAAGACACACUGGUAAGGCUGUAGUUCUGCAGGGAGAAAGACUCUUGCAGAGAAUGAAGUCUUUGCAGGGGAGAAAAUUUGGAAAGUUGUGUUUUUUUCCCACCCUUUUGCACAUUUUUAACCAUUUUUACUCCUUCUGCAGAGGUUACUGAGCCUAUAGUUUAACAAAUUAAAUGAGCCACCAUUACAGACUUCUGAAGAAGGCACUGUUUGCAUGCAGAGCUGGUCCGUGCCUAACAUUUGACUAGCAAACCUUAUUGUACAUCCUGUAACUGAGUCACCCUGAGUGAUGUGCAGUGACUGGAGUGGGAGAGUCAGCACUGGCCAACAUGCCAAACAGCUACAGCCUCCCAAACUGAAGAGUCAGACCAGGAAGUAGGGGAAGGAACAGCGAUGGUAGAAGGAUAGCUAGUUGUCACAGGUAAUCUUUGGUAUCCAUGUCCAGUGGUUAGUCCUAGAAUUGCAAGCCUUGUUAUAUUGCACAUGUCCUCCUUCCACUCCUCUUUCCUCAAAGCGGCCAUCACCUUUCCUCCCCGCUGCCCCAUGCACUAAUGAUGAGCAUCAGAGGCAGUUGCACCAAAGUGACUCUCAGCUUAGUUCUGCAUCCCUCUCUCCCACCCAAACCCAAGGCAGCCUGGACAGUUGUUGGCCAUCACAAGUCUAGUAAAUCCACUUGGGUCUCUUUCCUCGUGUGCUAUAGCUUCCUCCGCACGCGCUCUAGCAGGGCAGUACAGGAGACUCUGAUGGCAUCUCAGGAAGCCUCUUUGCCUCCUGGCAGCAUCUCGCAGACAUGCACCUUACUGGGAAUGUACUGGGUUGAUGAUGGUGAGAUCUGGCACUGCUCACUUUGCGUAGGUGGCAGCUGAUGGGGAUUUACCGGGGAAAGCUGACAGAAAGUGGCUACUGUCCCUUUUCUUUUCUUUUUUGAGGGAGAGGGGGAUUUACUUCUUUUUUUUUUCUUUUUUUUUUUUUUUUUAAAUUGGCAUUAUGAUUAUUAUCCACCUUCCAGUGGCCAAGUUCUGGGCUGCAUUAAUAAUUGAAGUUCAUUGGCUGUCCAGGCAGGUAUGGAGUUUGCACCAACCUUACUUAGUGUUGUGGCUGUAUUCAGAGCCUGGAUGCAGGCUGGGUUUCUCCCAAGCUGUCAAAAAGCUUUCAGCAGGCUCCAGAUAGAUAUUUUGUGAUAGACAGGGAAGCAGCACCCCUGUGAGUCCAGAUCAGAUCCACACUUCCUUUUUGUAUCCUCAGCUUGGAGAAAAACAACCCAAGCAAAUGCUUCCCAGGUCUCCUUUACCCAGUGGAGUUUCCAGCACCUCAGGGGAGGGACUGCAGGAGACAUUUCAGGAUCACCAAAAGCAAGAUUGGUUUGGGAUAUAUUUAAUGGAAAUACCUUUCAGGAGGACAGACCUCCUGAGCUAUGCAUCAAUCUAAAGAGCAGGAAAUGAAUUUGUGGCUGUCCUCGCAUAUAGUGAGCAAAACACAGCUGAAACAGCCAAAAGCAAAGUAGAGUUAAAUGUAGGAUUUGACCUGAAUAACCCUUUAGUUAGGAAGAUAAGUUUGUCGUAGCUUGACCUUAGUCCAUGUUAGGAACCUGCUAAUCAUUUGAUAUGCAGAGUGUAUUAAUGCUGCACUUAACUUGGCCAUUGGUAUUAUUAUCUGGUUUGGGGAAGCUUUUUCACUCCCAAAGCAUCAAUCUGCAUCUUGUAAGAGUUUCUUUUCUUUCUAUUUUUUUUUUUCCCUGUUCAGAACAUGUAGCACAUUGUUGAAUUACGUUCCCGUCUGCGUAGAGUAUUGCCUUAAACAGAUCAGUUGUGUUGUGGUUUGUUUUGGGUUUUUUUUUCUUUUUCCUACCUUCAGUUUUAUGCAUUAAUUUAUUUUAAAAACGUGGGUUUGGUUGGUUUUGGUUUGUUUUUUUGUUUUGUUUGGGUUGUGUUUUUUUUUCCCAAAAACAUGAAACAUGUAUAAUAUUUUUUUUUUAACAUUUCCAUUGCAGUAUUUAUCAUUGUUACUAGUUGUGUGUAGUGUAACAGAAUUAAUGAUAUUAAAAAGCAUACAUAUGAAAA